AUGGCUACAGACAGUCGACCACCGUUUCAGACCAUCUUCUCCUCUGCGACGAAUAAAUCUCGGAUUUCAAGCGGCCGGAAUCAUGGCUACAGAAAGAUUCGAUGGAAGAAGUACGAUCCCAGCAAGAAGUCUCCGAACUCGGCCUCAGACCAGUUUGUACAGUGGCAACCUCCGGACAUAGCGCGGGAUGAGGAUCAGGAGGACAAUAUCCAGCGCAAAUCGAAGCCUAGCGACACAAGGCAAAAUCCACAGGCGAAGGCUCUCGCCUAUAUCUCUCCACUUGAGCCUCUUCCGCUGAACGGAACUCGCGAGGAUCCAUUCCUCGUUUUGCCCAUCAAGUCCACUGAUACUGUUAAAGACACCUUGGACUACUUUAUCACCAUCUGCAAAGGCUUCAACAAUGCGAAAUCUGUGGUCCCUGGCCCGGUCAAUCCUCAUCUGUCGCUCCUACUGCCGUACGCACUCAAGCAUACCUUUCUUUUUGAGUCCAUCAUAUCAGUCUGUCGCGCUUCUAUUCUCAUUUCACUUGGGAAACCCAUGUGGGAAGACUACGCCUUUGUCCAUUACCGUGGCAACGCCAUAGCUGGUCUCAAUGAAAGGCUCAAGUCCACCGAGGCCACAGACGAUGCGGCCUUGUUGACCGUCACGAUGCUCAUGACACUCGAGUAUCUUUCUGGCAACCAGCGCGGUGUGGUCAUGCAUUGCAAUGGCCUGGAGAAAAUGCUUGAGCUCCGCGGGCCGCUGUCUGAUGACAAAUCGGAUUCCAACUGGUUGAAAUUCAUAAAACAUGGUCUUAUAGCAUACAAGGCUCUGGGCUCCUUCGUGACAGGCCAGCCACCAGAACUGCCACGCGACUCGGUUGGUUACCUUAGGGAGACGUUCCAAGAACUACAUCUGGAUCAGCCACUCUCCUAUCCUGAGCCUCCGUUUCCACCGGACCUGUGCAUCAUUCUCUCUCGCCUUCCCACGGGACUCUCAGAACUUUGUGUUGCGUCCAGAAUAUCAGUUCAGAUGAUCAAGCUACUCGCCUCCAUCUCGGCAGCGACCACCCUCUUAGCGACUGAGACUGUCAGCUACGAAAAUCUCCUCGACCGGACCUGGACCCCGCCUUCAGAAUUACCACUCCCUGAUUCGUCACAGUACGACGAAGAAUGGAAACAAACAAUGAUCCAAACCAUACUCUUCUCUCUUCAACGAAUGUCGUUGACUUCCACCUGCCCAGUCGAACACAACCUCACGAUGGGAUUGCUAGCCUAUAUUUUCCAGCUUCGAGGUCUAACGGCGGUAAACCUCUUCUACGAUCCCAUCCUCCGCCGCUUCAUCAAUGCCUUACCCACUCACGCGAGGCCUGCCUCGCUCCAGGAACAAAACUCUCUAGUUUGGUGCAGUAUAGCCGUUGCUGGAGCUCUUGCGCUUCGGGUUGUUCCCAUGCCAAACUCCCACUUGGUUAUGGAACAUGUCCUAGAUCUUUACCCACAGGCGCGCCAAUGGCCCCGCCUCGAAAGGCUCCUCCGCACUUUCUUCUACACCAAAGAAAUUGGCGCCCACUGGAAGCGCGUUUGGCAAUCCGCCAUGAAAAGAUGGGAGCAACAGAAGAAACGCUACAUUUAUGCCAAUACUGAAAAUAGUGCAAACACGGAGGCCGAACCAAACGAGGAGCACAUUCAGUGGUUUCAAAAUCCGCUGGACUUUGAAGAUUUUGAUAUGAAUUCUGAAGCGAUAAGAGCUCAUGUCCGCCAGCACAUGGCCGGCGCGCCGAAGACGGUGCUUGACAUGUCCCAAGCUAUGGGUCUCUGCCCGUUUCGACCCCAGGCAUCAUCGCCCUCCACAGUCAGCACCGCAUCGAGCGCGACUACAUCGUCAAGUCCGAACACUGUGCUGAGUUUCUCACCAAAAGCCUGA